AUGACAUCAAAGAUGAAAAUUUCACCAUUCCUUCUGGCUGCCUUCUUGGUCUUGGCUGUAACGCAAAACACAAAUGCUAAGAAACCAGAACCAGAUAGAACCAUUGCUGCGGUUGUGAUGUCCCUCUGUAAGCCGUACCAGGAAGGGAAGAAGGAGCAUGACAUGAAGUGUACCCAUGAGCUCACCGAUGGGCUGAAGAAGCAUUCCGAAAAGGCCAAGGUGUUCAUCGAGGCCGCCGACAACAAGGCGUAUUGCACGGGGUACGAGAACGAGGGUUCGCUGCUUCGGUUCGACUCGGCCUGUAACGUGAUUGCGCACCUCUGUGACUACAUGCAGCUCGGAGAGCUCAUGGAAUGUCCCUAUGUUCAACCACUUAUGGAGAAGAAAAUACCGGUGAAAAGAAGCUCGAAGAAAUUUGUGAAAUAAAAGAAUAAUUGAAGUCAAUCAACAAGCACAGAACCUCUGGAAACAUCUUGCCCGGAUAAAUAUUCCAAUCCUGUAAAUCUCACUUUCGAAAAUCAAGUGUUGAAGACUACAGUCUUGAGCUCGAUUAAAUUAAACAAAACACCCUAUGAAAUCUUAUUAUAAAUUUUUGGUGCUAUUUCCUCGGUCUUUAUGGGUCAACGAAAACGCUGAGCUCUUUCAUUUUUUGUUCUUCUUUGACUUCUUCUUCAUC